UUGAUGAAGAAGAGCUAAGAAUAAGCUAAGAAUAUGUCGGCAUUCUCUGCAGCAAUCGUUCUCUUUGCGUCCAUUUCUACUGUUUUCGCUGACGGGAAAAUGGCACUCAGUGGCGACAAAUACGUCGUUGAAUGGAAGCAUUUGCCAGCAACUCAAGAAAUACAGUUCAAUGUUACUGUGAAAAUAACGUCUGGUUGGGUUGGUUUGGGAAUAUCGAAGGAAAAUAGUGGUAUGAAAAAUCUUGAUGUCUACGUUGGCACUGUUCAGGAUAAGUCGAUAAAAGAUAUGUAUUCUGCCAGUGCAGGUAAGCCAUCUGAAUCUGGUGAUACAAAUAGUAUUACGAAACUGUCUUUCACUACGGACGGUGGCCAGAGCAACCUUGUAUUCAAACGAAAGCUAGAUACUGGGGACUCACAGAAGGACGUUAACAUCGCGUCUGAAGAGAAAUACUACUUCGCCUGGGCUUACAACGUGCAGGCUGGGUUUCUAAAGCACUUGAAUUCAGACAGAGGCUACAGUAGCCUUGUCAUGCUUGUGAACACUACAGCAUCCCCAACUCAAUCGAUGUCAUCAGUAUCAUCUACUAUGUUGAAUAAUAUGACGACCACAAUGCAAACAACCACAACGGACACCGGAGCAUGCGCACAACUGUCCUCGAUUCUGUUGUUGUUGUCAAUGUUUGUGGCAAUUUUUGUUCGCUAAGUCAGCCUCAUGGAAAAACUUCUUAACCGAGAUUGCAUAACUUAAACUUCUUAAUGUUAUUCUAAAGGUUUUUUUUUUAAAUGCUGAAUUCUUAUUAGAAGAUGCAAAACUCUUUAUAAUUUUGUCGUGUAACUGAUAUAACCUGUAUAAUCAUAAUGAAAUUUUUAAAAAAAAGGAGAAAUCAGCUCUUUCCUAUAAUUGAGCACAGUCAUCCUCUGUCAGAUUUAGACAGGAGGCCCAAAAGUAAAAAGAAGAAAGGAUAUGAAGAACGUAAGAGGAGGCAUUCAAUUGUUAAUGUAGUGUUAAAAAUAUAAUUAAUUAUAAGCCACUUUAAAUUUCACGCAUUAAAAAUUGUUCAUCAAAUGAAAAAUUAGUUUGAAUUUCCGUAUAUUAAACUUUCAACGGGAAAAUAUAUAUUCCAAAUUUCCAAACUUUCCAGUGAAUCGCUUUCACCCAUCGUCCUUGGAUUAAAAACAUUAUAAAUCUAUUGUUUUUUAUUUAUUUUUGUUUUACUCCUUUAUUAAAAGAUCUAUACCAACU